UUUAUUUUCUUUAAUAGUUUUCCUAAUUCCCAUGUAGUAACCUUUAAGGCUGUUUGAACCGUUUGUACCAUCGUUAUCCCUCAGCUUGUCCAAAAGUGUUGCCCAUUUUUGCCUUUUGCAGUUUUGUAGUUUGCCCUGUUUUGGGUUGGACCUGGUUGUCCUUGCUAUCAACUCCAUUGUCCCAUGAGUAAUGGAAGUGGGUCCAUCCUUCCAGGAAACCAGGAGAAUCACAUUUAUACUGGCAGCAAAGAGUCCGCUGGUACCUUAUAGACUAACAGACGUAUUGGAGCAUGAGCUUUCGUGGGUGAAUACCCACUUCGUCGGAUGCAACUUUUACAGAUCCAGACUAACACGGCUACCCCUCUGAUACUUGACACAUUUAUGCUGUUCCUCCUUUUGCCAAGUUAUUUGUGUCACCAAUGAUACAAAUUGUAUCGUUCCCAGUUGUUCUCACGUUGCUCUGGGUUAUGCUGCACUGCAGUUAUUUUUGGACCUUUUUUCAUUAUAUUUAAAUGAAGAGGAGCAGGGGCAGGGAAAAAAGUGUCAUUUCAGUCUCUGUGACACUGGAUGUAGAUGGGGUGACUCAGAGAUUCCCUCCUUCCCCAUCGUUCCAAAACAGUUACCUCCUGUCUGAGCCAUGCAGAGUUUAUCUUCUUCACAUUCUAUCCCUCCACCUCUCAAAGUGUCAUGUGAUGCGGUGUUCUCAGCUGUCUGUGCUUGGAGAUGACGUUUUGACUUCUUUAAUCAGAGUCACCAUGGCUGCCGAAGAAAGUGUCGAAGACCUGGAAGGGGAAUUCAAAUGGAUCCCAAAUGCAAUGGGAUCAUUUGGAGUUUAAGUCCCAGUUUCCACUUAUUGGCCAAGCCACCUUUGGGAAAGUUGGCUGUUCCUCCCCCCCACCCCCAUUAUGAGGCUGUUAGGAUGCUAAAACUUUUGUAAAUAACAUAACUCAAUAAAGGGACAGUGCGGAGUGAAGCAGGUUUGAAUGGAUCAGAGGAGAAUGUCAUGGGAGAAUCUCUUCUCCUGAUUCUGAGUCAACAGAUGCAAUCUGCUCUGGAAUCGCACUUGACACUUUCAUUGUCAUAUAGUCUACCUCUCUGUGAUGUGGGUUUCUAUCUUUUCUGAAGGCUGUUUGGUCACCCAAUUUUAUUAAUUUAGUUUGACAGCAUGUAACUCAGAUUUAUUGGAGACUUUGAGACAAAUGACCAUUUGCUAAAGUCAUUACUUCUCACUGUUUUUAUGGAUACAGACUAACACGGCUACCCCUCUGAUACUUGGCACUUUACUUUGGCUUUUUCCCCACCUGUCCAUGAUGACAUGGAGAAAGUUCUCAGUGCAGUUCAAUCAACAGGAGAUAACUCUCCAAUUUACUGGACAUGCUAACAAAGAAAUGGUACUGAUUUAAAAUCUCCACUCGGAAAUGGUGAACAACAGCAGACCCGAACUGUGCAACUAACUGAAGGAAGUGCAGCUGAUCACAGUGGAGUUCAAUUGUUUGUCAAUAUUGUCUCAGAUGAUCUGGGGAGAGGAUUCCACAGGGCCGGUGACCUUCGAGGAGGUGGCUGUGUAUUUCACCAGGGAAGAGGGGGCUCUGCUAGACCCCGCUCAGAGAGCUCUCUACAGAGCCGUCAUGCAGGAGAACUAUGGGAAUGUGACCUCGCUGGGAAGGCAUCCAGCCUUGACAACAGAUGGAGAAUUCUCCAGUUCCUGUGGUACUUCGUUAACCUUUGCACCACCCUGACAGAACCAUUCCCAGAGGCUCUUACCAGCUGCAAGGUUUCAGUUGGGAGCAGAGUUAAGGUUGCAUUACGGGGGGGGGGCGGGGGCGCAGCACUGGGCACCUUUAGCUCUGCAGUAAAGUAGUUUCUGGGCAUUUAGUUUGCAACAUUUUUUGUAGUGGACUUUCUGCCACUAUAACUGUGUCUACAUUGAAUCUUUUGCCAAGAUAGCUAUGUUGGUUUAGGGGGAGAGGGGUGAUUUUUUUCACAGCCCUAUAGAGCAGAGCUGUACUGGCAAAACAAGAGCAGGCCAUGUCAGAGCCUGCCUGUGGAUUUUACAGCACUUGAAAUUAUUCUCAACGGAAGCGAAAGACACUUUACUGGACUUUGUACAAUUUGUCCUCAUCUUUCCUGAAAUGUGGCGCCCAGAACUGGACACACUAC